AUGGCGGCGUUGCUCGGAGCCUCCUUCAUGGCCAUCUCUGCUUUCUACAUUCACCGCCGCACCGUCGAUCACGUCCUCCACCGCAUCGUUGAACUCCGCCACACGCCACUUGACGCCUCAGACGACGACAGCGAUGACGACGAUGACGAUCGGAGCGGGCUCGGAGCCGACGACGGUGAAACGGAUACGGACGUCGAUCUCAGGGACUAUCGCCGAACCUUUUCGAGGUCCGUCGACGACACCUCGAACGUUCUUCGAAACUAUAGGUUUUCGUCUUCGAUGCCCAACGUGGUUUGUGCAGCGGAUUGGUUCCACGAGAACACUAAGAAUCGUGCCUCGUCGCUUGAAAAUCUUCAAUUCGCUCCACUAGGGCUUCCGUCUCUUCGAACGGGUUCCACCAAUGGUGAGAAUGCUCAGAUUUCGCGUUCGUAUAAGAGGAUAGCAUCUGUUGGUAGAAUUAUGACUCCAAGAUCACCAGGGCGUAACACAUUUGAAAGUGCCGAGGAUUCUGAUGAGGAGGAAACACAGCUUGCUGAGGACAAUCACAUUCAUUUCUCAAAUACUUACGGACUAAAUUCAAACAUGUGCAAUUUGUCUGCUGUUCCAUUCAGAGUUGAGGAUGCAAACUGUGCAAAAAAUCAGAUGUAUGGAGAGGUUUCAGAGGAAGCGAAAGCUGGUGCAGAUAUGAAUGGUGUUACUUCAGCUUCAGUACAUGUAGCUGGGGAUGACCUUGUAUUUGCCAAUAAUGUCUUACCUGCAAGAAACCUUGUGCAAGAGGCAACAAAUAGAGAAGAGGAUGAAGUAUGCAAAAUGAUUCGAGAAUCCUUAGAUUUGCGUAAGAAAUAUGUGUACAAGGAAAAUGUUCCAUUGAAGAUAGAACCUGUGGAAACUAAUUUUGACCCAUAUCAUUUUGAACCAGUUGAAGCAACAACACACCACUUUAGGAUGGAAGAUGGAGUCAUACAUGUUUUUGCUAGUAAAACUGAUACCGAAGAGCUCUUCCCCGUUGCAAGCUCAACAAGAUUUUUUACUGAUAUGCAUUACAUUCUAAAAGUUAUGUCUAUUGGGAAUGUUCGCUCUGCAUGCUACCACAGGCUACGAUUUCUUGAGGAAAAAUUCCGCCUUCAUCUGUUACUAAAUGCAGAUAAGGAGUUUCUAGCCCAGAAGGGUGCACCACACCGGGAUUUUUACAAUAUCAGAAAAGUUGAUACCCAUAUUCAUCAUUCUGCUUGCAUGAAUCAGAAGCAUCUUGUGCGCUUCAUCAAGUCAAAAUUAAGAAAAGAACCCGAUGAGGUUGUUAUCUUUAGAGAUGGAAAGUAUAUGACACUUAAGGAGGUUUUUGAGAGUUUGGAUUUGACUGGAUAUGAUCUGAAUGUUGAUUUGUUGGACGUCCAUGCAGAUAAGACCACAUUCCAUAGAUUUGACAAAUUCAACCUUAAGUAUAAUCCUUGUGGACAGAGCAGACUUCGAGAGAUAUUUUUAAAGCAGGAUAAUCUUAUCCAGGAAGUGUCAGUUUAUACUUUUCGAAUUCAUAAUGGCUUAAGGCCACCAAAAUUCACAGGAAGGUUUCUGGCUGAAGUAACAAAGGAAGUUUUGACAGAUCUUGAAGCAAGCAAAUAUCAGAUGGCUGAGUAUAGGAUCUCUGUCUAUGGAAGAAAACAGAGUGAGUGGGAUCAACUGGCUAGUUGGUUUGUUAACAAUGCUCUUUAUAGUAAAAAUGCCGUCUGGCUGAUCCAGUUACCACGGUUAUACAAUGUGUACAAAAAUAUGGGAAUUGUUACCUCCUUUCAGAAUAUUCUGGAUAAUGUGUUUAUUCCUCUAUUUGAAGUCACAGUGGAUCCAAAUUCUCAUCCUCAAUUACAUUUGUUUUUGAUGCAGGUGGUGGGAUUUGAUCUUGUGGAUGAUGAAAGUAAACCAGAAAGGCGUCCAACUAAGCACAUGCCUACUCCAGCUGAGUGGACAAAUGAAUUCAAUCCGGCAUAUUCUUAUUACCUUUAUUACAGCUAUGCAAACUUGUACACGCUUAACAAGCUGCGUGAAUCUAAAGGAAUGACCACGAUAAAGUUGCGGCCUCACUGUGGAGAGGCAGGUGACAGCGAUCAUUUGGCUGCGGCCUUCCUUCUAUGCCAUAACAUUUCUCAUGGGAUUAAUCUACGUAAAACUCCAGUUUUGCAGUACUUGUAUUAUCUUGCACAGAUUGGAUUGGCUAUGUCACCACUCAGCAAUAACUCCCUUUUUUUGGACUACCAUCGCAAUCCAUUGCCAAUGUUUUUCCAGCGAGGUUUAAAUGUGUCUCUCUCUUCGGAUGAUCCUUUGCAAAUUCAUUUGACAAAAGAGGCACUGCUAGAAGAAUAUAGUGUUGCAGCAAAGGUGUGGAAGCUCUCCGCCUGUGAUAUGUGUGAGAUAGCUAGAAAUUCUGUAUACCAAUCUGGAUUUUCUCACCAGGCAAAGUCACACUGGCUUGGGGAAAAAUAUUUGUUGAGAGGUUCUGAAGGAAAUGAUAUUCAUAAGACAAAUGUUCCCAAUUUGAGGAUUUCUUUCAGAUACGAGACAUGGAAAGAGGAAAUGCAGUAUAUUUAUGCUGGUCAAGCCAUCUUCCCUGAAGAAAUAUACCCGUGA